AUUUUUCAAAUUCAAAUUGGAAAUGAAUUUUUAAUCUCCUCUUGCAAGAAAUUUAUUCAGUACCCCAGAAAAAUAAUAAAUGGAACCAGAAUUGUGUAAGAAAGUAAUUAUUGAUGAACAAAUUUAACAAUUCAAUAAUUCUGGCAAAAAAUAAUUCAAACUCUAGAUAAUGUAGAGCUAUAACAAUAAAUUAUUAGUCCUAUCAAAACAUAAACACCAGUCAAAUAAAAACAUCAUCAUUCACACAUAACUCCAAGUACUUCUGAAAAUGAUUACAUCGGAAGUUCUUUAGUACAAAAAUUUUAAAAUCAAAUGACUUUAGAUUAAAUCUAACAAAGUCCUCCAAGCACUCCAAAAAACAAAGGAACAAAAUCACAUAAAGAAUUAACUGCUUAAAAAUAGGGUACUGCUACUCCAAAAAAAAAGAAAGUAAUUAAAAUAUUUUAAUUUGAAAAGAGUGCUAUAAAAAGUAUUUAGACAAGUGCAUGGGCAAUGGAUAUCGAAGAUUAAUCAGAAGAGGAGAGUCCUACUUUAGAUAGAUCUAGAUAUUAUAAUGAAUAUACAUAAUUGGCAGUAAUAGGAAAUGGUAAUUUUGGUACUGUUUAUAAAUGCAGAAAUAAUAUUGAUAAAUAAAUAUACGCAAUUAAAUGUAUAAAACUUCAAGGAUGCGGCAAAUCAUAUGAUGCAGUAGAAUCCCUUAAUGAAGCUUAAGCAUUAGCUUAUUUGACUGCUAAAGGAAGAUGCAAAAAUAUUAUACGAUAUUAUACAGCUUGGAGUGAAAGAUGUUAUUAUUAUUUAUAGAUGGAAUAUUGUAAUUUUAAUGUCACUUCUAUUUAAGUAAUUAAAUAUUUGAUUGUUUAGGAAUCAAGAAGAGAAAAAAAUUAAAGAAUUGAAGAAUUUGAAGUCAAAUAAAUCUUGAAAGAUAUUCUGUAAGGUUUAAAAUUCCUUCAUGAAUAAUCUAUCACACAUUUUGAUGUCAAACCUGAUAAUAUUUUAUACAGUAAAGCUGAAGACUGUUAUAAAUUGGCUGAUUUAGGAUUAUCAAGAUUAACAUAAUUAAAAAAAGGAGAAGAUAUUAAUGAAGGAGAUUCUCGAUAUUUAGCUCCUGAAAUUUUAUCAAAUGUAUAGAAUUAUUUAAUUUAAGUUAACAGCUCAAUCUGAUUUGAGUAAAUCAGAUAUUUUCUCACUUGGUGCUUCAAUUUAUGAAAUUAUGAUAGGUGAAACAUUACCCUCAUGUGGAGAUAAAUGGUUAAAAUUGAGAUAAGGUUUGACAAUUAAUGAUUUUGGAUCAGGUAUUCUCUAAUUAUAAUUAUUUAGAUUUCUAUUCUAUUAAAUUAAGGAGAUUAAUUUGUAGAAUGAUGAAUCCUAAUUCUAUUUUUAGAUUAAGUGCAAAAUCUUGUUUAGAAGAUCCUUACAUAUAUAUCCCUAAAGAAAAAUUCAUUAAAUGGGAAAAAAUUAGAGGAUAUUAAUUAAGAUAAUAAUUAGAUUUUAUUAAAAUUAUGGAAACUAAAAAAAGAUAAAUGAGUGUUUGA